AAGAACAAAGCAGAUCGAAGAAGAAAAGGAAUUAUUCGCUCGAGUCGCGUAUAUAUUUGUAGGCUUUGUUACCCUCUCCAGUUUCCAUUUCCCAAAGCCGUCUCCUCUCCCUCUUCGCCUCCACUCCCAUCUCCUUCUCCUCCGACUUGCACGGCGGUGAUCCUUCCCGGGAGCAACGCAACCACACACCAUGUGCAGAAACAAGGAGGCCCUGCCGGUAUCAUCCAUCUCCGAUGCCAGAUUGGACGGCGAUGAUGAUGGAGAGAGAAGGAGCGGCUGCGAAGAGCUAAUCCACGAUCAACAAGGAGAAGGAGAGCCGCACGCCGAUGAGGUGGGGGAGGAGCUCGUCCUUCUGGGCCGGAUCGUGUGGCCCAUCGUGAUCACCAGCUUCCUUCUCUACUCCAGGUCCGUGGUUUCCAUGCUCUUCCUCGGCCGCCUGGGCGGCGCCGAGCUCGCUGGCGGCUCCCUCGCCAUCGCCUUCGCCAACAUCACCGGCUACUCCGUCCUCAAGGGCCUGGCCACGGGGAUGGAGCCCAUCUGCGGACAAGCCUUCGGUGCCAAGCGCUGGUCCGUCCUCGCCCACACCUUUCAGAAGACCCUUCUCCUCCUCCUCUUCGCCACUAUCCCCAUCACUCUCCUGUGGCUCAACAUGGAACCCAUCCUGUUAAGACUGGGCCAAGACGCUGCAAUCAUCUCCGUGGCCAAAGACUACCUCCUCUACUCCUUCCCCGACCUCAUCGCCCAAGCCCAUCUCCACCCGCUGAGGAUCUUCUUGCGGACGCAGAGCCACACCAAGCCGCUCACGCUCUUUGCCGCCUUCGCCCUGCUGCUUCACUUCCCGGUGAACUACUUCCUGGCCUCGUACUUGGACUGCGGGGUGAAGGGCGUGGCUCUGGCUUCGUCCUGGAACACGAUCAGCAUCGACUUGGGCCUAGUGGGCUUCUUUCUCCGGUCCGAGAAUUCCAUAAAGCCUUGGGCGGGCCUCUCGAGGGAGAGCAUCAGGGGUUGGCGGCCGCUCCUCGCGCUGGCGUUGCCGAGCGCCGCCUCCGUCUGCCUCGAGUGGUGGUGGUACGAGGUGAUGCUGCUGCUGUGCGGCCGGCUGCCGGACCCCAGGGCCGGCGUCGCGGCCAUGGGCGUCCUGAUCCAGACUACGGGCCUCAUUUACGUGCUCCCGGCCUCCCUCAGCAUGGGCCUCUCCACACGGGUGGGGCACGAGCUGGGGGCGAACCGCCCCGCCCGGGCCCGGCACGCGGCCCUGGUGGGCCUCUCGGUAGCCGCGGCCGUCGGCUCCCUGGCCUUCGCGUUCACCGUCCGCGUACGGCACGCGUGGGGGAGGAUGUUCACCGACGAGCUACCGACCCUGGCGCUGACGUCAGCGGCGCUGCCCAUCGUCGGGCUGUGCGAGCUGGGGAACUGCCCGCAGACGGCCGGCUGCGGCGUCCUCCGCGGCAGCGCCAGGCCCGCGGUGGGCGCCAACAUCAACUUCUGCUCGUUCUACGUCAUCGGGCUACCGGUGGCGGCCGUGGCGGGGUUCCGCCUGGGCUUCGGGUUCCAGGGGCUGUGGCUCGGCCUCGUGGCCGCGCAGGCGUCGUGCGUGUGCCUGGUGCUGUGCACCGUCGCUCGGACGGACUGGGAGGCGGAGGCGAAGCGGGCAGAGGAGCUCACGGGGACUGCAGCCAAUGGGGAGAAGGAUGAGCUCUCUGUCACCCUUCUUGCUUGAGACGACAAAUAGAUGUACAGAUUCACCUGUAAAUUGUGGAUUGCAUGAAUUGUUGCAGUCAUGAGAACUCAGCAUAUACACUAAGCAUAUAUAUAUAUAUAUAUAUAUGCUCCAAAUACUAGCCAAAGGCAUCAUCCACCAUAUCCGAAUCUUCAGACUUGCAGUGGAAUAUGCUGUUAAAU